GAUGGGAGGUGGCCAUGGAGCUGCGGCCGAGGUUUGUCCUCUUCUCGGCUUCCGUAGACGAAGUCGGAGGGACUUCUCUAGGGUUGCGGCGCCCCCGCCUUCCCCGGGGUUCGGGGGUGACAUUGCACCGCGCCCCUCGUGGUGGUCGCGUCGCCACCACACACAAACUCCCCAGCUGGCGCGCUCCUCUCGUUUGCCUCCCUUGGCCGGGGUACGAACCCGCUCCCCAGCUGCCCCGCCAUGGGGGCUGCAGUGUUUUUUGGUUGCACUUUCGUCGCGUUUGGCCCAGCCUUCGCGCUGUUCUUGAUCACGGUGGCUGGGGAUCCCCUUCGCGUUAUCAUCUUGGUCGCGGGGGCCUUUUUCUGGCUGGUCUCCCUGCUUCUGGCCUCCGUGAUCUGGUUCGUCUUGGUCCAUGUGACAGACCGGUCAGAUGCCCGGCUCCAGUAUGGCCUCCUGAUUUUUGGUGCUGCUGUCUCUGUCCUUCUACAGGAGGUGUUCCGCUUUGCCUACUACAAGCUGCUUAAGAAGGCGGAUGAGGGGUUGGCAUCGCUGAGUGAGGACGGAAGAUCACCCAUCUCCAUCCGACAGAUGGCCUAUGUUUCUGGUCUCUCCUUCGGUAUCAUCAGUGGUGUCUUCUCUGUUAUCAAUAUUUUGGCCGAUGCACUUGGGCCAGGUGUGGUUGGGAUCCAUGGAGACUCACCGUAUUACUUCCUGACUUCAGACGUUCUUGAACCCAUGGUACGAAGCCAGCCUGCUACCCAUCUAUGCAGUCACGGUUUCCAUGGGGCUCUGGGCCUUCAUCACAGCGGGAGGGUCCCUCCGAAGUAUCCAGCGCAGCCUCUCGUGCCGACGGCAGGAGGACAGUCGGGUGAUGGUGUAUUCUGCCCUGCGCAUCCCACCCGAGGACUGAGGGAACCUGGGGGGGACCCCCGGGCCUGGGGCGCCCUCCUCCUCGCUCUGUAUUUCUCCAUCUCCAGUUCUGGACAGUGCAGGUUGCCAAGAAAAGGGACCUAGGUUAGCCAUUGCCUUGGAGAUGAAAUGAACGGAAUCUCAAGGGUAGAUGAACUCCCAGUUUUCUGGUCCCCUCUCCACAGACUGGAUGUCCUGGUCUUUUUCUCAGGUCUGAAGGGAAGCAUUUUUGGUGUGAUAAAGACCUCGAUUGCCUUUUUUUUGUGGAGGGAGGGCGGAGGUAUGGUGAAGCUCUUCUAACCUCUUGGGCUCUAUUUUCCCUCCUCAAAUUGCUCCUGUUGGCUGGGCUUAUUUCUAUCCCUUUUCUUCUCCGUCCCAGGCCCUGGGAGAAAGGAAGUGCAUGUGUGGGAACUGGCAUUACUGGAACUAAUGGUUGUAACCUCCUUGACCACCAGCGUCCCUCCUCUCUCCAAAGUGCAGUGGAGGGCGCUGGGGGAGCCUGUGGUGCCCCUGGCGGGGUCAGACUACUGUGGCACGGCAGGGAAGGAGGGCAGAGUUUUUUCUAGUUUUUAAUUGGGGUGGGGUGGGGGCUGGGGAGGUUUUCUAUCAACUGUAUCAUUUUCUGCGAGGGUGGUGUCCCAUCCUUUUAAUCAAGGUGAUUGUGAUUUUGACUAAUAAAAAGGACUUUAUAAUCGU